CUUUGUAUCAGUGAAGUCUCUAGUUUUCCCUAACGUCAUUCUCAACAUCAACCCAUUACUCGUAUCUUCGUGGAACGAUCUUUGAUCAUAACAGAAGCUUGCACACAAGGCCGUAGAUCUACGAGGCGCCAAUCCGGAUUUAGAGGCAUUGACGACACGAUCAGUCAAGUUCUCAUCCUUUUCCCUUCACAGAAUGAUCUGCCGCUCUAUUUCGGUCACUGCGCUUGUUGCCUUUGCUGCGAUUGUUGCCGCGACCGCGUCGUCGUCGUCGUCGUCGUCGUUGGUCAGCGCUGCGCGGCCGCCGUCUGGCUUGUACGGCCUGUCGCCUGCGCCUGCGCUGGUGCGUGUGGACCCGAAGACGGGUAACGUGACGAACGUCGGCCCCACCAUCGCGUUCGAGCUCAUCGCCCAGCAGCUCGCGACGAUCGACCCCAUCAACGCCAUCUUCUACUUUAUCGGACUGAACGUGACGUCGCAGCGCAACACGAUUGUCGGGCUCGACAUGAACACGGGCAGGGUUGUCGUCGAGACCCCGCUGCCCUUCAUUCUGGGCACCUUUGUCGGCGUUGGCGAGGUCCUCGACUUUGACCCAGAGACGCGCAAGCUCAUUGCGAUGGGCCGCGAGGCGAGCCAGGGCAAUGCCCACCACAUCCUGACCAUCGAUCCGCUCACCGGUCAACGCCAGGACAUUGCUCGCAUUGGCGGCAUUGACGUGAUUGAACGCAUCUCGGGCUUUGACCAGUCCGCUGGCAUUGAAUGGGUCUCGCUCGCAGUCAACAAGAGCGGCAGCGUCGAGGUCGACCUGUUUGCCUUCAACGUUCGCUCGGGCCAGCUUGUCCACCAAAUUCCCGACAAGCUCAACGUCGACUCCAUGGUGUUCGACCAGGCCACCGGCAAGAUGGCCUGCCUCGCGUACGCCGGCAACUCGCGUGUCCUGGUCAACCUCAACUCGCGCGACGCCUCGUUCCAGACGGUGGGCACCGUUCCCUCGUACCUCGUCAUGGACAGCUCCAUCUCCGCCUUCGACUUCAAGACCCGCGUCCUGUACGCCAUCUUCCAGCAGUCGGCUGGCUCCCAUGCUGGAAACUUCUUCCUCGUCGGCGUCAACUCUGAGACUGCCGCCGUGGUUUCGUCGGUUGAGCUUUGCCAAGAAGACCUUUCCGACUGCCCCUUGUCUCUGGAGUACCUUCCGUAAACCGAGUACGCGCCGUCCAACAACUUGUUUUUCAGGUGGACUCCUCUGGUCGUUGACAUACAAAGCAGGUUGUGAUGCAGAGUCUUUUGUUGCUGCGUUUUUGGCGUUUUGGAAUUGGAUGUACUGUACAAACCAAACGAAAAGUUCUCGCAUCGCCCUGUCA